AUCAUCUCUCCUUUCUACCUCCUUUGUCUGGCUUUUUCAUAACUGCUCCAUUCUUCUCCUUUUUUAAUCUGUAUCUAAAGCAAGCUCGUUCUGUCUGACCUCUCUCUCUCUCUCUUCCUUCCUUCCUUCCUCUUCUCUGCCACCAACUUUCCCUCCUCGCGCGAUCCGCUCCGCUGCGUAUACCGUUCGGAAUCCGCCAUUGCCUCUUGAUCCGUCGGAAGAGCGGCUAGCAUGGGAAUCUGCGCCUCCUCCGCCGCCCGCAGAGCCGGAGGCUCCGCCGGCGCUUCGACGCGGCGGAACGGGAAUCGGCGGCGGGAGCGGGAUCAGGACGGGGCGGGCGAGGCGAAUCGGAAGCGGAAGGACGAUCGGCAGGCGAAGGAGGGCGGCGGCGGCGGCGGCGGCGGAAACGGGAAGCAGGGCGGUGGCGCUGUCCCUUGCGGGAAGCGCGCGGACUUCGGGUACGCCAGGGACUUCGCCGAGCGGUACUCGCUGGGGAAGUUGCUCGGGCACGGGCAGUUCGGUUACACAUACGUCGCGGUCGACAAGGUCAAUGGCGAUCGAGUCGCGGUUAAGAGGAUUGACAAGAGUAAGAUGGUUCUUCCCAUCGCGGUUGAAGAUGUCAAACGGGAGGUCAAGAUUUUGAGAGCCUUAACAGGCCAUGAGAAUGUUGUUCAGUUUUAUGAUGCAUUUGAGGACGACUCUUAUGUUUACAUAGCCAUGGAGUACUGUGAGGGUGGUGAGUUGCUGGACAGGAUACUAGCCAAGAAGGAUAGCCGGUACACUGAGAAAGAUGCAGCAGUUGUUGUGAGGCAGAUGCUCAGGGUUGCAGCAGAGUGUCAUUUGCAUGGUUUGGUGCACCGUGACAUGAAGCCAGAGAACUUUCUCUUUAAAUCAAGCAAAGAGGAUUCUCCCUUGAAGGCUAUAGAUUUUGGCUUGUCUGACUUCAUAAACCCUGGGAAAAGGUUUCUAGAUAUCGUUGGCAGUGCCUAUUAUGUUGCUCCUGAAGUUUUGAAACGCAAGUCAGGCCCAGAAUCAGACGUUUGGAGUAUUGGUGUUAUUACCUUUAUUCUGCUCUGUGGGAGGCGUCCUUUCUGGGAUAAAACUGAAGAUGGUAUUUUCAAAGAGGUUCUAAAGAAGAAACCUGAUUUUCGUCGCAGACCAUGGCCAACAAUAAGCAACAGUGCUAAAGAUUUUGUGAAGAAGCUACUUGUGAAGGAUCCCAGGGCAAGACUUACUGCUGCUCAAGCCCUCUCGCAUCCAUGGGUCAGAGAAGGAGGAAAUGCAUCGGAUAUCCCCAUUGAUAUAUCAGUUUUGAACAAUAUGAGACAAUUUGUGAAGUACGGUCGACUGAAACAAUUUGCUUUACGGGCACUGGCAAGCACACUUGAUGGAGAGGAACUUGCUGACCUCAAGGAUCAAUUUGCUGCGAUUGAUGUAGAUAAAAAUGGUUCUAUUAGUCUUGAAGAAAUGAGAGAGGCCCUUGCUCAGGAUCUUCCCUGGAAGAUGAAGGAAUCACGUGUCUUAGAGAUUCUUCAAGCGAUUGAUAGCAACACGGAUGGGCUAGUGGAUUUUACUGAGUUCGUUGCAGCAACUCUUCAUGUGCAUCAAAUGGAGGAACAUGACUCAGAGAAGUGGCAGCUGCGGUCACAGGCCGCUUUUGAGAAAUUUGACAUUGAUCGUGAUGGUUAUAUAACCCCAGAAGAACUUCGACUGCAGACAGGUUUGAAAGGCUCCCUCGGUCCUCUACUAGAGGAAGCCGACAUCGACAAAGAUGGGAAAAUAAGUUUAUCAGAGUUCAGAAAGCUGUUAAGAACUGCAAGCAUGGGCUCUCAAAACUUGCCGAGCUCAUCUGGUUAUCGGAAUUUGAGGAAAAUAUAGAUCCAUUCUGAAGCUUUUUGGGUGUUAAAAAGAGAGAAGAGAGCACGAGAUGGGUUACGUAUUUUGGUUACUCAAGAUAUACCGAGCCAAUCGUGAUGACCGCCUGGGUGCUUUGCCCCGUUGCCAGUGGAAAGCCCUGUACAAAAGUUAGAUACUGAGUCAAGGGAUUUUGCAUGGCACCCCAAGUUAGCCGAGAAGUGUUUCGGGAUGAAGGUUUGGAGAGAUUUUGCUGCUGUGGUCGUUUACUUGGUGAGAGGGAAGGGCUAUACGGGCGUACGUCUUGUGAUGAGUGUGGGAUGUGUAGGCUGCGACUGUAUAUUUAACGCCCUCGAAUUUGAGGGCCCAUUCUACUGCAGAAUGGGCAAUGCUUUUUUACUUGUAAGGCCUUCUCUUUUCCCAAUUUUUUUCGCAUCGCAAAUGACUGGAGUGUAAACAUUUUUCAGUCUCUCUCAGAGAUGGGCAAUGCACCUGCUUUUUCUGUGAAGGAUUUAGAGAUGUAUGCUGAGCAGCUAUUAAGGAAAAUAAAUUGAUCAGAUUAUUUAGGGUGA